GCAGCGUUGUCGUCGGCUCCUCCGACGCCGUUUUCGUGACGCGAACGAUCUCCGCACGUCGGGAGGAGGACGUUCCGGCUACACACUCGUCGUAUUCAAUCAUGACGCCCGAAUAUGACUACCUCUUCAAACUACUCCUAAUUGGAGAUUCAGGUGUAGGCAAGUCAUGUCUUCUUCUAAGAUUUGCUGAUGAUACAUAUCUUGAUAGUUACAUCAGCACAAUCGGUGUCGACUUUAAAAUUCGAACUGUGGAACAGGAUGGAAAGACUAUCAAACUCCAAAUUUGGGAUACCGCUGGACAAGAAAGAUUCAGAACUAUAACUAGUAGCUACUACCGCGGGGCGCACGGCAUUAUAAUAGUGUACGAUGUAGCCGACAAUGACAGCUUUAAAAAUGUGAAACAAUGGCUGAAUGAAAUUGAUCGAUAUGCUAGCGACAAUGUAAACAAGCUUCUUGUGGGAAACAAGUGUGACCUCACUGAUAGCAGGGUCGUGUCUUUCGACACAGCAAAGGAAUUUGCGGACGAGCUUGGCAUUCCAUUCAUGGAGACCAGUGCGAAAAAUGCGACGAACGUCGAGCAAGCUUUCAUGGCCAUGUCUGCCGACAUUAAGAAAAGGAUGGCGAAUCAACCAACACCGAAUAGCGCAAGGCCGGCUUCUGUGCAGCUCCGGGGACAACCUGUCCAGCAAAAGAGCGGCAGCUGUUGCUCUACUUAGAUUUCGACGAACAUUUUCGGUACAUUAGCUCCCCUUAAAUUCUUGAAUGCUAAGCUAAGUAGGAAUAAGUCUUUUUAUUUGGAAGUAGCUAAAGAUUAAUUUACACAACGUAACAACAUGAUAUGAUUGACUAAAACGUUCAAUUUGUGUUAGAAUUAAUU